AUGAAGAUUCUUGACCCACAAGCUGCAGUCCUCACCAAUGUCGAGGUACUGGCCUACCUUACGGCCAACCCACCCCGCCGUCCACCAAGUCGGCCUCCAAAUGCACGACAAUGGGUCCCAAGCCCAGAUCUAAGAGACCACAACACGGUCGUUAAAGAGUUCCACAACUAUGUCACCCGCAUCUCCCCACACCUCCUCAAAUACCCCCGCUACACAGACCGACCCAGCUCCUCCCACUCCCAAACCCAAGCAGCAAUGACCAGAACAAUGCGCCCAAACGCCCCAACAGAAGAAACCACGUCCACCCCGCACCAACCCACAAACGAAUCAACCCCCAUGGACCGCGCAAUGCGCGAUCUAAUCCUCAAACUGCGACCCUACGGCCUGACAAAAGCCGAAGUCCUAACUAUCAUCAAUCUGGGCAUCGGUCUGUCUGCGGGUGAAUCGGAGGAUCAGACCGGUGAAGCGAAUGGUGAGGGUGUCAUGGACCUUGAUGAGGAUCCCGCUGUGAAUGGGGAAGGGGAGGAGGGUGAAGAGGCCGAAGAAGGGGAGGGUGAUUUUGGGGCGUUGGCGCUUUUUGAUGCCGUUAUUGAGGAGAGGGAGUAUCGGAUUUCGAAUGAGGAUUUUGUGGCUAUUUUGGAGAUUAUUCGGGAGACGUUGGCGGAGAAUUAUCGGGGUUGA